CUUUCAAGCAGCAUGUUUCCCAUAGUGCUGGAUACGGGUUUGGCAGCCUUUCACAAGCUUUAAGCGUCUGUCAUGAAAUGUGCUAACCACAUAAACAGAAGGACCAAGAUCAGCAGGAAAGGGGGGAAAUGUGAACUUGGGAAUGGCAAUAUUUAAGAAUGGCAUUAUCAUUGUUCUCCUCGCGGUAACACUCUGUAUUCUGGAAACGGGAAACGUCGUCAAAUUGUCAAGCCUUUUGUCACCGUUACGCUCCGGAGAACAACACAUCAGUAGGGAGAAAAGGGAUGAGCCGCUUGGCGAGUAUGAGUAUGAAGUGUCCAUUGAGCUAAAUGUGCCAAGUGUUGAGACAGUGGACUAUCUUCGCAGCCUGUUGGACAACAGUAGCUUGUCUCUGUCUUUGGGUCCCACAGUAAAUCUGACAGACAUUGACAUCACCACAGUUUGCUACAGCAACGGGAGCAACUUCCAGUGCAGGUGUGAGGAAGACUUUUUUUGGCCAUAUGACAACUGUGAGACAUAUCAAGCCUGUGAUGAGAUCGUUGAUGAUACCUGCACAUGUAUCAACAGUAUCCCCCCCGAAGGGCAAUAUUGCCUUCCAAAGACAGGCACAACACGGUUUUCAACCUUCUCGAGCACAACAACAUCUCUAUCCUCCUCAACAACAACAACGGCAGGAUUGGGCUCUUCCACCACAUUAAUCACAGCAACAACUGGAAUACAAACAACGGUGAUAAUGCCUCCAUUUGUUCAUGAAUACCUCAUCUCUAUCGAGUUGAAUACCACAGACAUGAGUGUGAUACACCUACUGAGGAACAUUCUGAGAAAUACCAGUUAUCCCAUAUAUAACAACAGCUACUCAAAGUUCUCUACCAUCAACAUAACUACAGUUUGCAGUCCAAGCAGUGAUGGUUUCCAGUGCAUAUGUGAGGAUCAGUAUCGUUGGUCAUGUAACCAGUGUUUCCUGCAUGGAUCAUGUGACAACAUCACUAAUGACACAUGUGGCUGCAUCAAUGCCAUUCCCUCUGAUGGACAAUAUUGUCAAUCUGUCGAUCUACAGAACUUUACAGCUUGUCCAGUUACAACAUCUCCAACAACAUCUCCUGUAUUUGAUCAUGAAUACCUCAUCUCUAUCGAGGUCAGCACCACAAAUAUGAGCGUGAUAAACCUACUGAGGAACAUUCUGAGAAACACCAGUUAUCCCAUAUACAUCAACAGAUACUCAGAAAUCUCUGACAUCAACAUAACUACAGUUUGCAGUCCAAGCAGUAAUGGUUUCCAGUGCACGUGUGAGGGUCUGUUUCGUUGGUCAUGUGACCAGUGUUUCCUGCAUGGAUCAUGUGACAACAUCACAAAUGACACAUGUGGAUGCAUCAAUGCCAUUCCCUCUGGUGGACAAUAUUGCCAAUCUGUGGAUCAAUACAACUUUACAGCUUGUCCUGUUCCAACAAUGUCUCCAACAACAACAUCUCUUCCAUUUCAUCAUGAAUACCUGGUCUCUAUUGAACUAAACACCACAGAUAUGAGCGCGAUAAACCUAUUAAGGAGCAUUCUGAGAAACACCAGUUAUCCCAUAGACAUCAACAACUACUCAAAAGUCUCUGACAUAAACAUAACGACAGUUUGCAGUCCAAGCAGUGACGGUUUUCAGUGCAGAUGUGAGGAUCAUUAUCGUUGGUCAUGUGACCAGUGUUUCCUGCAUGGAUCAUGUGACAACAUCACAAAUGACACAUGUGGAUGCAUCAAUACCAUUCCCUCUGGUGGACAAUAUUGCCAAUCUGUGGAUCAAUACAACUUUACAGCUUGUCCUGUUCCAACAAUGUAUCCAACAACAACAUCUCUUCCAUUUCAUCAUGAAUACCUGGUCUCUAUUGAACUAAACACCACAGAUAUGAGCGCGAUAAACCUAUUAAGGAGCAUUCUGAGAAACACCAGUUAUCCCAUAGACAUCAACAACUACUCAAAAGUCUCUGACAUAAACAUAACGACAGUUUGCAGUCCAAGCAGUGACGGUUUUCAGUGCAGAUGUGAGGAUCAUUAUCGUUGGUCAUGUGACCAGUGUUUCCUGCAUGGAUUAUGUGACAACAUCACAAAUGACACAUGUGGAUGCAUCAAUACCAUUCCCUCUGGUGGACAAUAUUGCCAAUCUGUGGAUCAAUACAACUUUACAGCUUGUCCUGUUCCAACAAUGUCUCCAACAACAACAUCUCUUCCAUUUCAUCAUGAAUACCUGGUCUCUAUUGAACUAAACACCACAGAUAUGAGCGCGAUAAACCUAUUAAGGAGCAUUCUGAGAAACACCAGUUAUCCCAUAGACAUCAACAACUACUCAAAAGUCUCUGACAUAAACAUAACGACAGUUUGCAGUCCAAGCAGUGACGGUUUUCAGUGCAGAUGUGAGGAUCAUUAUCGUUGGUCAUGUGACCAGUGUUUCCUGCAUGGAUCAUGUGACAACAUCACAAAUGACACAUGUGGAUGCAUCAAUACCAUUCCCUCUGGUGGACAAUAUUGCCAAUCUGUGGAUCAAUACAACUUUACAGCUUGUCCUGUUCCAACAAUGUAUCCAACAACAACAUCUCUUCCAUUUCAUCAUGAAUACCUGGUCUCUAUUGAACUAAACACCACAGAUAUGAGCGCGAUAAACCUAUUAAGGAGCAUUCUGAGAAACACCAGUUAUCCCAUAGACAUCAACAACUACUCAAAAGUCUCUGACAUCAACAUAACGACAGUUUGCAGUCCAAGCAGUGACGGUUUUCAGUGCAGAUGUGAGGAUCAUUAUCGUUGGUCAUGUGACCAGUGUUUCCUGCAUGGAUUAUGUGACAACAUCACAAAUGACACAUGUGGAUGCAUCAAUGCCAUUCCUUCUGGUGGACAAUAUUGCAAAUCUGCUGAUCAACACAGCACUACUUAUUGUCCCAGCACAACUACUACUUUUUCGACAACAUACACAACUCAAUCAACACCAACAACUGUAGAAAAUACAACGACAACUCUAUCAACAACGCGAACAACUGUAACAAUUCCACCAAAAACAACAUCUCCUCCAUUUGUUUAUGAAUACCUCAUUUCUAUUGAGCUCAGCACCACAGAAAUGAGUGUGACAACCCUGCUAAGGAACAUUCUGAGAAACACCAGUUUUCCCAUCGACAUCAACAACUACUCAAACAUCUCUGAUAUCAACAUAACUACAGUUUGCAGUCCAAGCAGUAAUGGUUUCCAGUGCCGAUGUGAGGAUCAUUACCGCUGGUCAUGUGACCAGUGUUUAAUGUAUGGAUUAUGUGACAACAUCACAAAUGACACAUGUGGAUGCAUCAAUGCCAUUCCUCCUGGUGGACAAUAUUGCCAAUCUGCUGAUCAACACAACGAUACUUUCUGUCCCAGCACAACAACAACUACCUUUCCUACAAUGUCUACAACUCUAUCAACACCAACAACUGUUACAAAUACGACAACUGUACCAACACCAACAACUGUAACAAAUACUACGACAGCUCUAUCAACAACAACACCAACUAUUACAAAUACUACGACAACUCAAACACUACCAACAACAACAAGAGUAACAAUAAACAAGACUACAACCACCACGAAGGCUACCACUACGAAAACCUCCACCACCACCACCAGUACAACCUUGAAGACCACUCCUGAAAUAACAGUAUUCAAAUUAGAAAUGUCCAUCAAGUUCGAAAAAGAGUACACGUCAGAAUUGAGCGAUCAAACAAGCUCUGGUUACAAGAACUUUGAGUCUCAAAUCAUUAAUGUGUUACGUGGCCAAUAUGGAGGACUAGCAGGAUUCAUUAAUGUUUUUGUGAUGGCUUUCAGUCCAGGAAGUGUGAUUGCAGAUUUUGUUGUUGAAACAUCACAAAUUGACACUGAGAAACUUACUAAGGUAAAUCAAGGACUCCCUGAAGCAAUGAAGGACAUUGCUCCUGUCCUUGGCCCUGUCACUGCCCGUUACCAAAGUCAAACUGAAAUCACAUUUCCAACUUUGACAUAUACUGGAAGGUCAAUGACAUUGACAUGUGAUCCCACUUCUGAUGGUAUUAAUUUGGGAAGGAUCACUGAAGCUAAAUGGAAAUUAAAUGGACGGGAAAUCAAAGAUAGUGGACGAAUUCAAAUAAUUGUAACUGCUACAGUAUCCAAUCUAAUAAUUAAUAACGUGAUUCUUGCUGAUGCUGGUCUUUAUGAAUGUAAUAUGAUGGCCAGUGCUCUGACUUUUCUGCAAAUGGGAAAUGCAGCAAAAAUCAGACAAGCUCCAAAUGUGAAAACACCGGGUAAAGUCAAUGUUAAGUGUGCAGAUGGAGAGACACAUCCACUUCAGUGUUGUGUGCAGUCAACCUAUACUGUCAGGUGGUUUCAGGGCACCAGUACUUUAAACUCAGAGACAAAUAAUGAUGGAGAAAGCAACUGCAUUUUGUACAAAUACAGUUUGAGUGGCUGCAGAGAUUCAUCGCCCCGAGAAUUGAGAUUUACAUGUAGAGUACUAAAUGAAGCAGAAGAAUUUGAAGAGACAACAACAAUGAUCAUUUUUAAUGCCAAUGUCGUAUGUAGUAAUUCACUGUAUGGGAACGGACGACCAGGUGACAACGCAACCAUAGCAUGUGAUCCUGGUCAAGAGGGGAACAGGACGGCAAUAUGCAGGGAUACAGGGGAAUGGAGUCUUUUGGAAGACAAUUGCAUUGUGACUGAAAUUAAGGAAUUGCUAAUCGAAUCUGAGGAUUUGGUUGAAGAGGAAGUGCCACAAUUUGCAGCAGAACUUAAUGAUGUCGUCCAGAAUGAAAAACAAGAGAUUACGAAUUCAUCUGCAACCAUAUCAGCUAUUGUUGACAUCCUGAAUACCAUCGCCGUUGUUUCUAAUAAAGUGAAUGAAACUGUCAUGAAGAAUGUGCUGGAAACAGUUGACGUCCUCGUUGGUGAUGAUGCAAGAGAAUCUUGGGAAUUCCUGAGAGAAACUCGCCGCAAUGACAGCUCACGAUUGCUUAAUUCAAUGGAGAUUCUCUCUGAUGAAUUAGAUGGGGAGUUUGCCAUCAGAACCGGAUUAAUUCUGCUCAACACAACAACGUUCAAUGACUCCUUUAUGUCAGACUUCAACUCCAGCGUUGUCAUAGAUAUUCCAAACACCAACAGUACCAAUCUCGUCAUCACCACCAUUGUUUUCUCCACCCUCGAUAAUGUCCUGGCAACACGGAACGCCAGCUUUAACAGCACCCUUACAGAUACCAACAGCACAUCUGCUUCCUUUAAUGACACCAUUAAUGCUGCAGUGGCACUUGUCAGAGUAAAAACAGAGAUUCAGAAUGUCAGUCUGAGUUUCAAAAAGCAGAACGACUCCCUGACACAGAAUCCACAGUGCGUCUUUUGGAACUUCACCCUUUUUGACAAUUUGGGUGCUUGGGAUGAUGAGGGUUGCACGUUAGUUUCCGAUAUAAACAAUACAGUGACCUGCAACUGUGACCACCUCACCUCUUUCUCAAUUCUGAUGGCAACAGAUAUCCCUGAAUCAAUACGAGUUGCUUUGGAUAUUAUCACAUAUAUAGGAGUCAGCAUAUCUCUGGCAAGUCUCGUCAUAUGUCUCAUUAUUGAAGGAUAUGUUUGGAAAGCCUUGACUAGAAACAGCACUGCGUUCAUGCGCCACAUGUGCAUUGUGAACACUGCCCUGUCUUUGCUGAUCGCAGACAUUUGUUUCAUAAUUGCUGCUGCUUAUGCCAAGAACCCACUUGAAACCCCAGGAGAAGACCAUAAGGUUCCACUGGGACCAUGUACCACAGCAACGUUUUUUAUGCACUUUUUCUACCUGGCUCUCUUCUUCUGGAUGCUUGUGUCAGGUCUUCUUCUGUUCUACCGAACCGCCAUGGUCUUCUCCCAUAUGUCCAAAUCAACCAUGAUGGCUAUUGGCUUUGUUUUGGGCUACGUGUGCCCUCUUAUAAUAGCUGUUAUUACUGUUGCUGUCACUGCCCCAGGAAAAGGAUACAUCAAGGAAGAAGAUGCAUGUUGGCUGAAUUGGUAUAAGACCAAAGCCCUGCUGGCUUUGGUGAUACCGGCCUUGGCUGUAGUUUUUAUAAACAUUUUGAUUACAAUCGUGGUCUUGUUCAAAAUGCUGAGAAGAGGUGUAGGAGAUGCAACCACUACUGAUGAAAAGUACACACUGGUUGUCAUUGCCAGAUGUGUGAUCAUUUUGACUCCCUUAUUUGGACUGACAUGGUCUUUGGGAGUGGGAACCAUAAUAUCAUCCACAAAUGAGGGGAUCCACAUUGCUUUUGCCUUCUUCAAUUCUCUCCAGGGUUUCUUUAUUUUAGUGUUUGGGACGCUGCUGGAUUCCAAGAUCCGAGCCAUUCUCGCCAAAAAACAACCUGUAUCAAGCUCAGGCUCUGGCUCCAAUCAAACUGCAAGUACAAGCGGUGGUAUUUCUUCAUUGAGUGGUCUAAAAUGGCUUGGAAAACUUCGUGGGAAAAGAUAUAUCUACCAUGUGUCAGAAGCUGCAAACUCAAGCAGCUCUGGUGGCUCUGAGUCAUUCUCCAAUAUCUGAAUCACAUCAACAAUCACUCAUAAAAUGGGCUUUGCUACAGAUUUAAGAAAUCAAACUGCAGUGAGUCAUUUCCAAUUGUUGUUUCGCUACAAUACAGUGGCAUAAAUAACUGGCAUGCAUCCGCUUAAUAACCUAUCCUAGUAUUGUGCUGAAUAUACAGUUUAAAAGUCAGCUUCAGUUAUAUUAAAACGUAGAAUAAUAUAACACCUUAGCUUUGAUGAGAUGUGACAAUGCAUUUCGUGAUGCUGAUCCUCAUUUGUAAAAAAGCCAAAUAAAACGUUAAAUCUGGA